AUGGCGGAUGAAGCAGACAUGCGCAACGAGCUGUCCGACCUGCAGGCACGCGCGGACCAAGUAGCUGAUGAGUCUCUGGAGAGCACUCGGCGUAUGCUGGCUCUGGUUGAGGAGAGUAAAGAUGCCGGCAUCAGGACUCUGGUCAUGUUGGAUGAGCAGGGAGAACAACUGGAACGCAUCGAGGAGGGGAUGGACCAAAUCAAUAAGGACAUGAAGGAUGCAGAAAAGAAUUUGAACAAUCUAGGACAGUUCUGUGGUCUAUGUUCAUGUCCCUGUAACAAGAUUAAGGGCGGGGGCCAGGCCUGGGGAAGUAACACGGAUGGAGUGGUAAACAGCCAGCCAGGGGCUCGAGUGGUGGACGAACGUGAACAGAUGGCCAUCAGUGGGGGCUUCAUCCGCAGGGUAACAGAUGACGCCAGGGAGAAUGAGAUGGAUGAGAACCUGGAGCAGGUGGGCGGGAUCAUUGGCAAUCUGCGUCACAUGGCCCUGGACAUGGGCCAGGAGAUCGACACCCAGAACCGCCAGAUCGAUAGGAUCAUGGAGAAGGCUGACUCCAACAAGACCAGGAUUGACGAAGCCAACCAGCGUGCUACAAAGAUGUUGGGCAGUGGCUAA